CUUGAGAUACGGACAUUUAGCGGCGAUGGUUUAGCCCCAAAAGACAUGAAGGGUUCCGAACCCUGCGAGCCAACAAAGGGUCCACCGUGAUCGAAGGAGAGGCGCCUCUCCUCCAUUUCGGCCGUGUCGUCGCCUCGUCGGCCUCUUGUUUCUUUGAAUUGGGCUACAUCCCAGUUUUUGGCGCUUCCUGUUAAUGGCGAGGGAGCAUCGCGUCCCCGUUGUUAAUAAUCGGGGGAUCCUGUGAACCUAUCUGAGGAGAGAUGCAGAUCCUAAAGUCAAGAAACUUGGCGGUUUUUCUCUGUCCUUUCUCUUCACCUUAUGGCAACGCGUGCUUUCAUUCCACGCCCUCCUCUUUCGCUAAAUGGAAGAAUAAAUGGGAGGCGGACCGAGGGAGAGGUCAAGAGCCAUCUAAGAACUAUGUCAGAUAUGCCACACGUCUGAAGCGUACUAAUGCUAAGAAAGCCCUAAGGGAUCUGCUGUCCAAAAGCACCUCUAAGUUUUCAUUUCAGGAUGAUGACAUGUCAUGGAGUUUUGAUGGGUGGGAACAAGAAGAAAAGAAGAAUUCCAAUGGGACUAACGACGGGGUGCCAUUCAAGCAGUCUCCUGAUGAUUCCAAGACCAAAAAUUCAUCACAUCAGGGAAGAUCUAGCCAUCAAAAUAGAAAUAUGCGAAGACCAAGAAAGCGAAGAUCUUCCAGUGACUAUCUUGAACAGGAUGAGACGAUCUUUCAAGCAACAUUUGGAAGCAAAUGUUACACUUGGUCUUUUCGAUCAUGGGGUGGACACCAAUUCCAGAACUCAACAUGGGGAUUUGAAUGGAGAGAAAAUUUUGAUUGGGGUGCCAAUCGAACCAUACAUGAUAGUGAAACUGAUGAAGAUGAUCAUGAAACAACCUCAAUUGGCUCAUCAUCUGAUAGAAAGAUCCUUGGAUUGCCAUCCACAGGUCCCUUGAAGAUGGAAGACGUGAAAAGCGCCUUUCGUACCUCUGCUCUAAAAUGGCACCCAGACAAACAUCAGGGUCCUUCGCAGGCUACAGCGGAAGAAAAAUUCAAGCUAUGUGUCAAUGCAUACAAGUCUCUCUGCAGUUCUUUAUCGUCAGGCUGAGCAAAAGCUGUCAUACCCAGCUCCUGUUGAUGUUGUUGACAAUGGCGAGAUGUAUAUUGUUGGUUCCAAAUUAUCAGCGGGAGUCCACUUUCACGUCCAAUAAUCUUAAGGCAACUGUCCCAUGAUAUUCCAUUGAGUUAGGACUGUUGUCAAGAAAUUCAGGAAAUUGUAAUUUAAGUUGAAAAGUAGAUUUAUCAAGCGUGGAAGAUGGUUCAGUCUGUUGCAACCAACCCACGAAUGAAUUGCCUCCUAAAUGUAUCUGAACUUUUUCAAAAUGGAAAAAUGAUUCACAUGCGCUA